UUUCAUUUUGUUAGGUGAAUUUGCGUAUAUCCAGCAAGCGAUAUCACUGGGAUGCGAAACAAGGCCGACGUAAUGCAAAAGCCGAACGAAUCACAAGAUUGUUUACUUUCGAAGAGCAAGCCGAUCGUAAUCGAAUUGCAGCUAUGAUUGGUGAAAUGCCAUCGCCAAAAGGACCAUCAUGGCGUUCGUACAUUGAACAUCGAUUACGUGUAAUGAAUGAUGGCAUUGAAACAUACUCAACCAAACAGUAUGCACGCUUGGGACUGGACAAGCAUAUCGAAUCGGUUCGUGCAAUCGACAAAACGGCAUGCAAAAUGGUUCACAAUCAACCAUCAAUUUUCUACAUGGGAGCCAGCGGAUCAACACCAGCUAAUUCGCCGAUUAAGAUCAAGAAACAUGUGCGAUGUCCAGGCACACGGAAGCUGCUUGCGGCCAUUAUGAAACGUGGCAAUUGCAUCAUUCGAAUGGUCGAUGAGUACAUGACAUCACAACAUUGUCCAUUGUGCUUCAAACGAUUUCCAGUAGCAACUCGAAGCCAUCGGUAUAAGGUAUGUGUUGGUUGUGUACCGAAUCCAAUUGUUGGACUACCACGAACCAUCGUAACCAAUGUGAGCAAACGAUUACUACAAAUGCGACGAACAAUUGAACGAAUGUGGCGCGAGAUGCGUGAUAUAGGCGAUGUCAUUGCUGCAACUCUUCGAGAUGGACCGAAUGCAGGUCGUUUGGUGUCAAAGAAGCAACGCUUCUUCAAAACAUGGCUACCAAAUGUUGCAAACGUUGAAAUCGAGGGAGCUGCCGGAGCACAACCAACGCUCACAACUGUAUGGCACCGUGAUAUCGCAGCAGCGAAGCUGAUCCUCUACAAAGGUGAAUGCGUGGUGUUCAAGCGGACAAUUCAUCCAAAUGUACGGAGACCACGCCGUGUUGACAACAAUCAGCCAUUGCCGUUGUAUCGAGGUCAGAAUCAGAAUGUCAACAAUGGACAUCUGCAGCCGCAGUAGUAGCAGCCCUCAUUCAACAACAUUCAAACAA